AUUGAAUUGGUCAUUGAAUUAAUUAAAGCAUUAACAGCGAUUAAUUAAAACUCGUUUGGGCCGAAACCGAAAACCGGAGCGCGGCUAUAAAUAGCCGCUGCCCUGCUGCUAUUCGAGCAAAAAAGAAAACAAAUAUCAAAAAUCAUGUUGAAUCAUAAAUUUCUCCUCCUGCUGGUGGUGCUCCUGUGCGCCAGCUUCAGCUUCACUCAUGCCGAUGUGAAGGAGCUGGAGCCGGUGCCGAUUAAGCACGUCAAUCAGCAGAAUCUGGAUGGCGCUGGCCAAUACAAUCACGAGAUUGAGGUGAAUAAUGGCAUCAGGGCAUCGGCCAAGGGCAACGUGAACAGCGUCCAAGGCGAAUACUUUCUGCCCGGCGAGGAGGGACCCAUACGUGUGACCUAUACAGCCGAUGCCACUGGCUUUCAUCCACAUAUUAAUUAAACUCGUCUUGAUGCAACUCGUUUACCCAAAAAAAAAAAAAAAAAAAAUAAAUAAAUAAAAUAAAAUAAAAUAAAAAUAAAAAUGAACUCAAAAUUCAACUGAAAACGAAAUGUGAUACAGUUAAAUGGGACAGGGAGCGGGGCAGGCAAUUGUAAUUUAUGCGGCUCAUUACAUUUCAAUUUUAAUAAAACAGAUCAGCUUAAUAUA